AGCCGUGUGUGCUUCAUUCCAGUGCACAAGCCGAGCGAAGCGGACGGUCCACACACGCACACACACGUACACACACACACAGCAACCAAAGCUGAUAAAUUCGCUCAGGGAAUAAAUAUCUACAAACCGGCGCGGCUGUUUCUUCUUCACAGGAAUACCACUUGAUCGUGGACGCAUGUGAGCGUGCACAUGCCAGGCUUGGGACUGUAACACCAUGGCUCUGACACAAGUGCGACUAUCUCUGCCUCUGCUGCUCUGACCGCAGAGAAAGUCUUUUGGAUCUCCUCGCGCAGGCUGUUAUUUCUGUUUUUUGUUUUUUUUAAUUUUCUCUUUUCAUUGACUAUCAACGAGAUAUUGCUGGAAAUAUUCUCCGGAUGGUGACCGCGGACUGGACUACCUGUUUUCAGCUGAUUCGCCCAAUGCGAGGGGAAAGGACUGCAAGACUUGCGCCCGCUGCCUUUUCUCUGGUUUAACAAGGCACGUUGGGGGGAUCACUGAAAAUCGUCAAGGGCUGCUAUUUCCACACGUUUUUCGCAAAGGGUGUUAUUUCUUCCCAACACUCGCACUGACGUGUUUUGGUGAAUGGGGGUAACUCUGGUCCUGGAGGCUUGACACAGCUGGGACUGGGACAGGGACUGGGACGGGACUGGGUGCGUGGAGCGUCGGAUCACCCAGGAUUGUGUUCCCUCCUCUCUUUCUCUCGUGGGUCUAUUUACAUGUCCGACCUGACUGCUUUAUGACAAUGGAUUACUUUCUGCUUUUAUGCAGCCUCUUGCUGCCCGUGGUGUCCAGCGUUGAAGAGACGCUGAUGGACACGAAGUGGGCCACGACAGAAUUAGCCUGGACUGCACACCCUGAGACUGGGUGGGAAGAGGUGAGUGGCUAUGAUGAUGCCAUGAACCCCAUCCGGACGUACCAAGUCUGCAAUGUACGUGAGCUCAACCAGAAUAACUGGCUACGCAGUGACUUCAUCCCACGAAAGGACGUGCUGCGUGUAUAUGUGGAGAUGAAAUUCACAGUGCGCGAUUGCAACAGCAUUCCCAACAUCCCAGGUUCCUGCAAAGAGACCUUCAACCUCUUCUACUAUGAGUCUGACUCGGACUCAGCCACAGCCACCAGCCCUUUCUGGAUGGAGAACCCUUAUGUGAAGGUGGACACUAUUGCCCCAGAUGAGAGCUUUUCCAUGCUUGAGUCUGGGCGGGUAAACACAAAAGUCCGAAGUUUCGGGCCAUUGUCCAAAGCCGGGUUCUACUUGGCCUUCCAGGACCUUGGUGCUUGCAUGUCGCUCAUCUCAGUGAGGGUCUUUUACAAGAAGUGCUCCACCACCAUCGCCAACUUUGCCGUUUUCCCGGAGACAGCGACUGGGGCUGAGGCAACCUCUUUGGUCAUUGCGCCAGGAACUUGCGUCCCCAAUGCCCUGGAGGUGUCCGUGCCAUUGAAGCUUUAUUGCAACGGAGAUGGCGAGUGGAUGGUUCCCGUAGGAGCCUGCACCUGCUCAGCUGGUUUUGAACCAGCCAUGAAGGAUACCCAAUGUCAAGCUUGCAGCCCUGGCACCUUCAAGUCUAAACAGGGAGACAGCUUCUGCCUGCCCUGUCCAGCCAACAGCCGUGCCAGCUCAGGGGCAUCCAGCAUUUGCUCCUGUCGAAAUGGUUACUACCGCUCAGACACGGAUUCUCCUGAUUCCCCCUGUACCACUGUUCCCUCAGCACCACGCAGUGUCAUCUCCAGUGUUAACGAAACCUCGCUUGUACUGGAAUGGAGUGACCCUCGUGACUUGGGUGGCCGGGAAGACAUCUUCUACAACGUCAUCUGUAAGAAGUGCCUGCCUGAGCGGGGAAUGUGCUCGCGGUGUGACGACAACGUGGACAUCUCGCCGCGCCACCUGGGCCUGACCCAGCGCCGCGUCGCCGUCCGUAACCUCCAAGCCCACACCCAGUACAGCUUCGAGAUCCAGGCGGUCAAUGGUGUUUCUAACAAGAGCCCCUACUCGCCUCAGUUCUCCGCGGUGAACAUCACCACAAAUCAGGCUGCUCCAUCUGCAGUGCCCACAGUUCACCUGAUGGCGGCCACAGCGAGCACCAUGAGCCUGUCCUGGCUGCCUCCAGAGAAACCCAACGGAAUCAUUCUGGAUUAUGAGAUUAAGUACCAUGAGAAGGUAAGCGGCAAUGAUCAGGGUGAGGCCAUUGCCCAUACAAUGACUGCCCAACGGAGCAAUGCCCGCAUUGAAGGUCUCAAGGCUGGUACGCCAUAUGUGGUGCAAGUCCGCGCCCGAACAGUAGCCGGUUACGGCCGUUACAGCAGCCCAGCCGACUUCAGCACCAACCUGCAAACCGACCCUCCAAAGUCAUGGCAGGAGCAGCUGCCACUCAUCGUGGGAUCAGCCACCGCCACCUUGGUCUUCAUCAUUGCAGUUGUGGUCAUUGCUAUUGUCUGCCUCAGAAAGCAGAGAAAUGGUUCAGAGUCGGAGUACACAGAGAAACUGCAGCAGUACAAAUCCCCCAUAGUAACACCGGGAAUGAAAGUCUACAUCGACCCCUUCACCUAUGAGGACCCCAACGAGGCCGUGCGCGAGUUUGCCAAGGAGAUUGAUGUCUCCUGCGUGAAGAUCGAGGAGGUCAUCGGCGCAGGUAACCCACCAAAGCUCCUGAGCUACAGGGGGAAGACUGCUAGUCACCUCCAGGCCAUACCGUUAGAGGACUUCACACCAAGCGGAGAGUUUGGGGAGGUGUGUCGCGGUCGCCUCAAGUUGCCCGGGCGCCGAGAGAUCAUCGUAGCCAUCAAGACCCUCAAGGUUGGCUACACUGACCGCCAGAGGCGAGACUUCCUGUCUGAGGCUUCCAUCAUGGGCCAGUUCGACCACCCCAACAUUAUCCGUCUGGAAGGCGUGGUCACCAAGAGUCGGCCAGUGAUGAUUGUGACCGAGUUCAUGGAGAAUGGAGCACUGGACUCUUUCCUAAGGCUCAAUGACGGGCAGUUCACAGUGAUCCAGCUGGUUGGCAUGCUGCGUGGUAUCGCAGCAGGCAUGAAGUACCUGUCAGACAUGAACUACGUACACAGAGACCUGGCUGCCCGUAACAUCUUGGUCAACAGUAAUCUAGUGUGUAAGGUGUCUGAUUUCGGCCUAUCUCGCUUCCUCGAGGACGACCCUUCAGACCCCACCUACACCAGCUCCCUGUAUUUCAUGCUCACCUACUCAUUCGCAUAUCCACAGGGGGGGAAGAUCCCCAUUCGCUGGACAGCUCCCGAGGCGAUUGCCUACAGGAAGUUCACCUCAGCCAGCGAUGUGUGGAGCUACGGCAUCGUCAUGUGGGAAGUGAUGUCGUAUGGCGAGCGGCCGUACUGGGACAUGAGCAAUCAAGAUGUGAUAAAUGCUGUGGAGCAGGACUAUCGACUGCCCCCACCCAUGGACUGCCCCACAGCACUGCACCAGCUCAUGUUGGACUGCUGGGUGAAAGAGAGGAACCUGCGACCCAAAUUCACCCAGAUUGUGGCCACGCUGGAUAAGCUUAUCCGCAAUGCUGCCAGCCUCAAGGUGGUCACCAACAGCACACAGUCCACUGGGGUAUCCCAGCCCUUGCUUGACCGCUGUGUACCAGACUAUACCACUUUCACCACUGUGGGGGACUGGCUGGACGCCAUCAAGAUGAGCCGCUACCGUGACAACUUCGUCAACGCCGGAUUUGCUUCCUUUGACCUGGUGGCCCAGAUGACAGCAGAGGACCUGCUGCGGAUAGGGGUAACGUUGGCUGGCCAUCAGAAGAAGAUUCUUGGUAGCAUUCAGGACAUGAGACUACAGAUGAACCAAACACUUCCUGUCCAGGUGUGAGCGAAUGGGACACACAGACCGAUGCAGUCGAAGGACAGCCAGACAGGAAAAGGGGGGAGGAACUGUGCCAGAGAGAGCCAUUGGAAAACCCUAGCUGCCUGACCCAUCUCUGCCAAUUAGACGCUAUGAAACUGGCUUGCAGUGCCUCUGACUAUUUUUUUUUUCUUUAUUUCACUACCACUUCCAUUUCCUGUUCCUGCUUUUUUUGUUAUGCGUCAUUGUUUCUUUUUCCAUCCAAUCAGAAUUUGUGUGGUUUUUUUUGAAAGAGGAAGAAAAGUUAACCCCCUUUAUAUCCCAUGCGUGCCUCACCAGCUCUGGUGUGGGUUGACGUUUGCAUGCAUGUGUGUUUUAGUGAGGUUGGCCUUAGCCCUGUAACUGAAAUGUCACACUAUAAUCCUCACGCAAGAGCCCCUCCCCGUGACCUCUCGACCCAGCUUUGAUGGACGUUAUACAUAGUGAAGAAUGAACACCCUGGUGUAAAAAAGGUGGACAAAUGUUCACGCAAAAAAAAAAAAAGACCCCGAAACAAAAACACAGAGGUGUUUCAGACCCACAGGAGACAGAGGACUAUUCUUCCCCUGAUAGAAGUUGUUUUACUGUGCACGUUUGUGUCGUUCUCCAUCUUCAUAUUGAAGGUGUGUUAUCUUAAAAGGGCACUUGCUGGAGAAGGGUGAGGUGGUGGAAGAGGAUUUAUGAUGGGCUGGGGUCAAAGGUCAAGAGGAUGACAGAGGUCAAAUAGGUCAAAAGGAAGGCAGCCACAUUUUUGGACACUUGUUUUGGCUGCUGAAUCCUCAAUAGGUCACCAGAUGACCUCUUGCCCCUGACCUGAAGUGACUCAGGAUAGCUCCACAGCUUGGGAUCACCUGCUCAUCAAGUGUGUUUCUACACAUGAAAAAAAUGUUUUAUUUUUGUUUGUCCACACACAUUUUUUUCCUUCUUCUUUUUUUUUGGCUUUCUUACACAUUUUUUGGGAGAUUUGUGGUUUCAAAAUGGCCGGUCAAACCUGAGUACCCCCUGUUGGACACUCUCUGUGAUUGAGGGGGAGACAAGGACUGUGGCAACACUAUAGAAAGACCACUUGGCCUUUUGUGUGCGUUUUUGUAUGUGUGCGUGCGCAUGUGUGCGUGUAUGUGUGAUUAAGUGUGCUUGGAUGUGCGGGUGUGUCAAGUUGCACACAAGUAUACUGUACAAUACAGCUUCCGCUAUUUGCCACCGUGGAGAAUUAACGCAUGAACUGAACCGUGACAUGGAGCAAAUAUAUCUGAAACAAUUACGCUAUAUUCUGUGGACAACUGUUAAACAUCCUUUUUUUAUUGAAUCCAAAAAAAUGAACUUAGGACUUACAUAUAUAUAUAUAUAUAUGAAAUUAUAUAUAUAUAUGCACCAUGCAGAAACUGAGAGAAACCACGAUGGACACCUUACUUUCUACUUACUAUUAUCUGGAUUUAGAAAUAAUCAAAAUUCUUGUUUUAAUUUCUUGACAUCCUGCCCUAUGUAUUUAUUUGUACCUCGCCCCCCGCCCCCGCCCCCCUCCCACCCCCUCCCACCCCCACCCACCCCCACCAACACCCAGAUGGACUGUAUUUGGGACAGUGGACUUGGAACAAUCAGAAGAAAGCAAAACUGCAAGAGGAUUCACCUAAUGAAUUGAUGAAUAUUACAAAAGAAAUUGCAUAUAAAUUGGAUAUUGUAUUUUUGUUGUUGUUCUAAACAGCCUGUACAUGUUUUGUAACAAAAAUACGAUAAAUAACAAAAGAAAAAUGGUGUUUUGACAAAAAUGGAAGUGUUGUUGUGAAAUGUUUGAUUCAGAGUGAUAUUAGCAGGAAGCAAAACGAGAAGAGAGACGAUGGGGGGAAAAGUCUGCAGGUAGAGAGGAAGAGACGAACAACACCCAUGGUUAGACCGCUGGUAGUGACACGUGGCCCUUUUGCUCUCCGUCCAUUGUGUGUGAGUGUCUGUGUAGGUGUGUUCAAGUCUGUGUGGGUGCCACCUGAACUGGAUAUUAAGCUUCCCCAAUCCAUUUUCAUUCUCGACACAAAGAGCAUCUGUGAAGCACUGAGCUGUUACUAAUCGUCUUUUAGGCACAUUUUCUUUCCAACUUUAAACCACUCAGCAGCCUCCCUGUGGUUUACCUAUGUUCUAAUUUUACUUUUUUACCACCACCUCCAACAACGGGAUCCUCCCACCCAUCUAAUGUUGGACUCUUAAGGGGGAAGGUCAGAGAUGAUGCAGCCUACUUGCCAAUCAUUUCAAUCACCUCAGCGGCAGAGCGCCAUCGCUAGACCUGCGGUUUGCCCCCCCCCCCUGCAACAGGAUCCUCAUCAGAGGAUCCAGAGCUGUCAGGAGAAACCUAUUGGUCUUUGUCUGUCAGGUCGAUUAAUGCAGCAGCCAAUCUGGCAUUGCGAGGAUGCGAGCACGCAGCGAGCGCCGACAUACGGCGGGCUGACCUAUCAUUAUCUCUCUUCAUUUCCUGUCUGGCCUGCAAUCAUCCUGUCUCAGCUCGGGCUGCUGCGUGAUUAGUACAGUGCAGGAUCAACAGCCCUGGCACGCAGACAGCCAAAAUCUGCAGACCCCCUCAUCCUAAAUGAUAGCAGCUGCAUCACGGAGACCAUACUAUUUGCACUUCUCACAGAGGGGUGUUUGAAGGUAGCGGAUUAAGGGAUGGGGCUGCACCACUGGUGUGAUCUUCCAGACGGGCUCCAUAUUGUUUGGGUUGGAGCUGAUCAAUGCAAUAUGUGAAUAUUAUUAGUUAGGUGUGUAAUGAUAGCGUGAUGUUAGCGGCCAUGCAGUGUCUUUCCAUAUUACUUUUGUCAGCCUCUUUUAAGUCCCUUCAAAAGCCAUGGGGGAUAUUAUGCAAAGCCCUGUUUUAUAUUGUUUCAUCUUAUUCUACAUAGACUUUUUCACUACUGCUAGUAUACUCUGUAAAGGGCUUACUAACCUGUAACAGUUGUAGUACACAGUCCAGUGGUAAUUUGACUGUUGUGUGCUCAAACUACACAGGAUAUAAGCCUCAUAUCCUUAAAUUGUUUUCAUCAGUGUCAGUGCAGAUUUCUGAUACAAUGGCUGAGAAUCAGAAGCGCAGGUAUCGUCAACAUGAUUUGUUACCAUGAUAAGAAAGUGUUGAAAGUGCCUGUUAGAUGAGCAAACAGUUUCUUUUCUUUCUUGAUAUCAUUCUGCAGAAUUAUUUUGUUUUCUCCCCAAAGCGAAGCAGCGUUUUGAUUGGAACAGAGUAACAGAGCCUACUUUAGGAAAUGAGAGAAAAGCAGAAUUAAUGCAAUCAGAAGCUCACUUUUACCCAAAGUCUCCCAGGAACAUACAGUAUUACUCCCUCCUCCUGCACUCGGCUCAUUCAUUCAAUCAGCUAAGCCCCACUGUUGCAAAGUCGCAUGUGGCACCAAAAUAAGACACCGUUGAUGAGCAUCAAAAUAGGGAAGGGGGGCAUAUGGAGGCUAAACACAAUCAGAUGGCAGACAUGCCCACUCGUGAAAAAUGGCAGCGCUUUGGAGCUCGCAUCAACUAUUGAUGAGGUGCACAUGGUGCGCUGGGGUCUGGAGUUGUGUUCACCAAAGUCAACCGGCCGUGAGUGAUGAGCUCGACUGGCACUGUUGCGCAUCUUAAAAUGAUUAAACUGCCACCACAUCAACUGCAAACAAUUAAUCUUUAAGUGGAUGUUUCACACAUUCAUGGGAGUGUUUAAUAUUUAACAUACACAGAGAGGGAAGAAACUCCCUCUUACUGCACGUUGCUGAAAUUAAGAUGGACUGUUACGUUUGUGUGUGUGUGCGUGCAUGUGUGUGUGUAUGUGUGUGUGUGUGUGUGAAUUACAAGGAUUGCCAUUUUAUACAGAAACACUUUGAUCAGCAGAGUUUAGGCUUUUUCAGAUGUGGUUAUCUCUUUGUGUGCCAAUAGGAUUCAAACUUUCCCAACAUUCCUUCCACCUUUCUCUCCCCGUGUUACAUCCCUUACAGAUGGUCGGACACACACUUACACACACACACACGCCCUCCUCCGAAAACCCUUUCACUUAGAACUUUCUAACUUUCUUUUCUUUCAGUUGUCUGUUUUAAAUAAAUACACAGUACUGUCUUUUCUUCUGUCUUCUAACAAGCUCACUCCACAUCUGUCUUUUGGUCACUUUUGAACCCCCCCCCCCCUUCCCCUCCACCACCCUCUUCAUACGAGGAAGUGAGAGAUGUUUCAGAGAGUACUGUACAUGUAUAGUGAACUGCGAGGGGAGUGAAGCGCUGAGAAAUGCAAUUGUUAAUUCCUCUUUGAAAAAAGCAUUAAGAUGUAUUUAAUGGUGCAGACAUACACAACAAAUUACUAAAAAAAAUGAUGCAUUCUUGUAGAAAUAUUUUUAAAAGACCCUUUUGCAAUUAAAUUAUUUAAGAAAUGU